UUCGCAUCUCGACUAGCGGCAGAGACACACGUGUUAACGCGCAUUCGUUCAUUUCCUUCCUUUUGGCACAGUCGCGAUAAUUACAGGUGUAGGCGUGUUAAUUGGAAAAUAACUGAAUUGCAUUCAAAAUAAAUUACGUAUACGCUCCAUGCUACAUUUUCCGUAGCUGAAAUACAAGCACAUAGACCAGUAUAAGCAUAAACACUAACUGCACGAUGGCUAUGAAAACAAAAUCAACACCACCAACAACAGAGAUGACUCAGAAGCAACAAAAAGAACAAACCUCCACAAAAUAUUCACAUCGGCGGCAUCUUCAUUUGGAUACAUCGCUGCUACAGCGACACGCCGUUGCAAUUUCGACGUUUUUUAUUAUUUUCGGAUUACUUUGUGCUGCGAUUUGUGUCAGUGGGCAAGUUGAUGGCUACACUGCGGGCGUAGAUUAUCCUGCCUACGAAUCGGUGCCAAAAGGACUUUCAUUCAAAUGCCGGAACCGAUCUCCUGGCUACUAUGCUGAUACGGAGACACGUUGUCAGGUACAUACGUAA